UCCCGCCGAAUCGAAUCCGCCAUGUUGAAAAAGUUUUCUUCUAAACAAAAAAAGCGCUUCAUGUUUUCCGUAUAGUUUGUGAAAAAUUUAAAUCGUAGUUGUUCGUUAAUUAAAGCUAAUUAUGUGAUCCUAAAUUCCAAAACAUUAGACAUUGAAUUUAAAAAAUAAUUUAGAAAGUUAAUAUUUUGUGUCGUAUUUGUAUACGAUAGUAACCGUCGCUAAUGCCAAACAAUCCUGUGUUUGUUUUCUUUCUCGAAGUUCUUCAUCUGCCAGCAUUGGCUUUACCAUGGCCAACUUGAAUGCUCUCCCCGAUUUAUCAACGGUGGAUAUACAAGCAAUUAAGGACUCGGGGCCAGUGCACCCACGUAUUUCGUUACCUCCACUGACAACCAUAGCAGAAAAUUGGGACUCUGUUGAACCAUCUUCAAGGAAUCUCAUUUUGAAUGAUGAAAGCUUUAGUGAAGAUGAUGAAGAGAGUGAUGAAGAAGACCAGAGCCAUGGUAGCAUGUCUGGUAAAAUCCAGGAAAGGAACUCACACCGCACUAGCUGCAGCAGCAGUAGCAGUGUCCCUGAUUCGGGAACAGAUAGUUCAGAAUCAGAGUUGUCAGAUGCAACAUCAGAUUCAGUUGGAUCUUCAUCUAGUAGUAGUGAUAGUGAUAGUGACUCACAAAGUAGUGUUUCUAGUGCCAGUAGUAAGAGCAAAAUUCAACCAACAUCUGUAUGCAGAGCCAAAACAAGCUUCUCAGUGCGAGAAGCAAACUAUGAUAAAGGCCGGGUUACUCUGAGGCUGUCUACAUUGCAAUUAGGACGGAAAAAGGAAAUCACUAACAUGCCUGUUGGAAAAACAACUAAGAUACCUAAGCUUGAAAAUGCAAGAACAAUGAAUGCAUCCAGUUUUGAGCCAUGUGAUACAGACAAUGUAUGCAUGAAUUCAAGUAAUCAAGCUGUUGGUACUUUAAACAAAACUGACAAACUCAAAGGACUCAAUAAUCAAAAAGCUACAACGCCUGUCAAGCGAACUAGACAGUUAAGAGUGAAACCCAGGUCGGAGCCUUUAAACGCGGAGUCAUCAAAAUCCGGACGAGGUAGCUCAUCAAAGUCACUUCCUUCUGUAACUAUGACAAAAACGCUGGAUAAAGCAAGAAAGAAAGCUAUUGAGACCCCAGUUUGUAAGAAAGGUGACUGUUUACCUUCGGUAAUGGACGUUUACAGUACAGUCAUCACGAAAAAGGAUAAUAGCCAAGCAACUACGUCUCUAACCCGAUCAACAGUCAUCCCCCCAUCGUCUCACCCGAUUGCUGGCUUCGUUAACAUAGGCCCGUCCAUGAGCGAUUUAGACUCGGACAGUGACGAAUUGUAUUUGCCUGCCGUUAGUGAGGCCAUUCGUAUGCUCGACCUUGACAGUCAAGGAUCACCUGCCAGUAAUACUACGACCGGACUGUCUAAUAGUGCAUUACGAACGUCAGGCCAUCCUCCAUUACCUAUCAAUACCUCUUCGGCUUCCAGUGUUAGUGCGUGGCCGUCUGUUGGAUAUUGCUCUAGCCUGUUACAGCAAUUCGUUGCUAAAUCGCAAUCCGGAGAGCCCCCGCCACCUCUUCCCACUCUUAUGCUACCGACAAAAGGAGCUCGAAAGUGUUUCCCUCCGAACGAUGAACCUUUGCCUUCUAGUUUCAUGACUACAGCGGAUUCCAAAAGUAUUAAGCGCGUGAUUGAAGCUGCAAAACCGUCUAGCUUUAGUUCUAUCCAUAACACUACGCUUUUAGCUCCAGUAAGCGUCAGCCACAUGGAUCAAGACCUUGAUAUGAUGGUACCCAUGCGAGGACUGGAUUGCCACCAGUCGCACGUUUCACCUGAUUCAGGCAUCCAAUCUGUUUCUGGUUCACCGUUCAGCGUUCAUAGUUCACCAGUUCAUCCUUCAGGAAUAGGGAAUAAUAAUCAAACUAGCGGCCAGCUACAGAGUCUUGUCGUUUCGCCAUGCCCUCCGAUCACUUCACCAAGCCCGCCACUUCAUCAAAAACAAACAAGCAAAAAGUCUAGCAGUAAUCAAAAGAAUUCGACCACCAAAUACCAAAAUGUCCCUCUUCAAGUGACAAAUGUGAAAAGUUCUGACCGACAGAGCGGAAGUAGAAGUAGACGUCCUCGUUCGUGUCGUGAUACUGCCAGCACGUUGUCUUCCGGAUUAGGUAAAGACAGUUGUAUAGUACAGGCGAUUCAACGUGGAAUGAACGCUGCUCUUAGGCUGAAAAACAAAAACACAGCAGACGAAAUAACAAAUUCCCCUAUUGAAGCUGCUGUUACGUACGUCCAAGCUACUUCGACUAAAUCCAAAGGUUCAAGAACGAAGAAGUCCAAGAAAAAGCAUCUUAAGAAUGCUUACAGUCAAGUGAAAACCUCCCUUAAGUUGCCUAUACAGGAUUCAUCGACAUUCUGUAACGAAAUAACAACCCAAGUUAGUUCGCUGGUUACAAGAGGUAGUGAUGACAGUGAAACAAGCCCAGUCAUUAUGUUACAUCAACAACAACCCAAAUUUGCAAAUGAGUUAAAAGCUACGAUUACUCGCUCUCCCUCGCCAAAAUUGCAAAACAAAAAGCGGAAAAAGAAGCGGAAGAAACAUAAGAACAGUGGCCACGAUAAAGUACUUACCGUCCCGGUGGAUCCCAGUUUACAAAGUACUCUUGACCAGCUGUGUAGAAGGCUCGAUUCUUGUACUAUAUCGAGAUCGGUCGCUGAUAACGGCCCUGUAAAUAGUGAAAAACGGCCAUGGAUUUUCCAAUGCCGGAAAUAUACCUUCACAACUGGUAACUGCAGCAGUGGCAACAGAACGAAACGGAAAAAAACAGUUGAAGAUACAGUGAUCCAUCCAAACGUUCAAAAUUCCGUAGGAAAACGGAAAAGUAAGCCUAAAAGAACGGGAUUACAAUCAGUUCCAGUCCUGGCUAGUUCCAAUGUUGAAACGACUAGAGAGAAGGAACCCUGUAUUGCUUUAGCCGCUGCGUCUGCUGCUCUUUCGGCAGUGGAGUUACUGCUUCCUUUGAAAAAACGCCAUCAUCAUCUGGCGACUUCUACAGAGACACCACUUGCAAAAUCCCCUUCCAUCAAUUUGCAAGAUUGCGAAUCCGCCAUCGAGAAACCUAGUCACGACCAAGCUCUCUCUAAAGUAAUUCAGCAACAACAAGUAAACAGCAGAAAACGUGUCGCUCUCGGAGAAUCGACAACAGCAGAAACGAACGAAUCCAUGGGUGACGACCAAGGUGAAUGUAAAGUUCAAAUUGCGUCAAACCUGAAAGCUAGAAAAGGACGGAGUUUCAAAAAAGCAAAGAUGGAAAUACCGGAAGAAGCAAUUGUUUCUAUUAAAGUAGCACCCGAAAUGCCUGUUAACCAUGAUCAUGUACAAACGGAAAAAACGCAAUUAAGUUCAUCUGCCACUUUUACCCCUAAUGUACAAGGAGAAGAGGGUUCACAUUUAGAUAAAAUGGUUAAAAAAAGACAUCGUCGCCGCAAAACGUUCAAUCGAACAGGUUUUCCCACUGUGAAAAAGAAGCGCAAGAAACUACUCAGUCCUGUUCCUUCGUUCUCUGUUCUUCAGCCUUCAUCUAGUAAAGAUGAGAUUGAGCAAUCUGCCUUAAGCAGCACGUCCUCCCGUCAGGCAAAAAGAGCCAAACUCAUGCCCAGUAAAGAGGACGACGAUGAUGGACUCCUUCCAGAGCCGACAAGUAGCGAGGCGCCUUCGGGCGAUGAAUCAAACCCAAUCCUGCCUCUGCCUUCAACCAAGGGUUCCCUGCCUAAAAAGCGUAGAAUGUCUAAUAUGAGAAAACGUUACUUGCCAGCUGGUCUGUUGUCCAAUUACUUCAAAGAAGACCAUGAAAACAAUAGUGGGACGAUUACCAUAUCUACCGAUCGAACUAAAUUCUUGACAUAUGAGCCGGAAGAACAUGAGCAUGGCCUUUUGCCUCCACCCUUCUACUGCGAACGCAUCCUGCGCAGAACCAAACGUGAUUUCCAGCUACCUUUCGACGUAUGGUGGCUUCACCAACAGGGCAAGUUGCCUGAUCGUGAUAAUUUGGUUCCAUCUUGGAACUACCGCAAGAUCCGGAGCAAUGUCUACUACGACGUCAAACCUCCCUUCACUAAUGACGCUGAAGCAUGCAAUUGUACCCUACCACAACCUGAUGCGAAAGACGCUGAAACUCAGUGCUGUGGUGAUGACUGUCUUAAUAGAAUGGUAUACACAGAGUGUAGUAGUCAAAUGUGCCCGGUUGGGGACAAAUGCAUGAACCAGCGAAUCCAGCGUCAUCGCUGGGCACAAGGUUUAGAACGUUUCAUGACGAAAGAGAAAGGCUGGGGUGUACGAUGUCGCAAUCAGUUGAAAUCCGGUGUAUUCAUUCUUGAAUACGUUGGUGAGGUAGUCUCUGACAAGGAAUUUAAAGAGCGGAUGCACACCGUUUACGUUCACGACACGCAUCACUACUGCCUUCACCUCGACGGGGGGUUAGUCAUUGACGGACAUCGAAUGGGCGGCGACGGCCGAUUUGUCAAUCACUCGUGCGCUCCAAAUUGUGAAAUGCAAAAAUGGAGUGUCAAUGGUUUGCCACGUAUGGCUUUAUUUGCCCUCAGAGAUAUCUCUCCUUUGGAAGAGUUAAGUUAUGACUAUAACUUUUCGCUGUUCAAUCCAGCUGAAGGACAGCCAUGUAAAUGCGGCAGCCCUCAAUGUAGGGGUGUUAUUGGGGGCAAAUCGCAAAGAAUUAAUACGGUGCAAGACCCUGGUACUGGAUCAAAGCUACCGCAGAAACUGAGCUUGCAAAAGAGGAAACGUAAGACGCAAGUCCAAGGAAAGACAAAUUUGACAAUUUGUUCGUCAUCAAUGAACUUGCGUCCGCUGUCGGCACAGCAACGAGUUUUUGUUUUGCAGCACCGCUGCUUCUUACUACGGAACUUGGAUAAAGUGCGAGAUUGGAGGGAUCGCCAGAAAGAUAGAAUAAAGCAGGCAAAGCAGCAACAUCAGACCGUAGGUCGCUCGCGCCGCUUCGUUUCGAGACCAAACGUUGAUCAAGACAAAGAUUUUGCCCUCAGCGCGCCAGAGAAAGACCCACUGCCACAGGAAAACAUUACAGCAGAUACAGAAAAACCCCUUGAGCCCACACCUGAUCUGCAAAUGCUAAAGACGGAAGAAAAUCUCUCCAACAUAGAGGAAGUUGUUCGCUGCCGUUGUAGACUCUUUGACGACGAAGGUUUAAUGGUCCAGUGUGAGAUGUGUGAAACCUGGCAACAUAGUGAUUGCCUCGGGUCUGCAAAAGAAUCUGCUGUGGAUGCCGAACACUAUGUCUGCCACGCCUGUGCUGGGUUAUCGCUCUGCCCUGACGACCUUAAAAUCGUUUUGGUGCCGCAACCUGAGAACCCGCCCGAAGGACAAACUUACUAUCUCUCGUUAUAUUACAAAGAUCUACAUUUACGGCAAGGCGACUGCGUAUACGUAUUACGUGACCACGAUACCCCUGACUCUGAGCGCGCUCUUUGGAAUGGCGUGGGCGAAGAAUUCCCGCAACCCCGGCCACCUCAUCGUUUGCCUCCCCACAUCAAACUUGCCAACCUGGACAUUUUUCAGAUUGAAAGAAUGUGGACGGAUGAAAAUGGAAAGCAGUUCGUUUGGGGACACCAUUUCUAUAGGCCGCAAGAUACGUACCACGAGCCUUCGCGAAAAUUUUUUGUCAACGAGCUAUGUUACUCUCCAUUGGAAGAAGCUAUUCCCAUUUGGGCGGUUGUUGGUCGCUGCUGGGUCCUUGAUCUUACUACAUUUUGUAAAGGGAGACCGAUAGACGCUGUUGAGGAGCAUGUUUACAUAUGCGAAUACCGCGUUGACCGAACAGCCAGCCUCUUCUCAAAGAACGUCCGGACAAAAUUUUCCGUUUGCACCCGUCGCUUCGCCUUCAAGAGCUUUGUUACAAGACUGAAACCCCAGCGAACGUACCAACCCCACGGAGCCCCUCCAAACACCAGUCGCAAAACAACGGAAUCCGUUACCGCUAAAUCUACCCCCAAAAAUGAAAAACAUGGGAAAGAGAAACUAAAGAAGCUGAAGCAGGAGACUUCUUAUCUUCCCCAGCCCACAUCUUCGGUCGCUGAAGCCCAGCUCAAGAUAGAUGAGCAGAAAUCGCGGCUUGAUAAACUUCUCCGCCACCUUUUGAUUAAAAAAGCACCUGAAGGGAGUCUUGCUGAAGACGCCACUCACUUGUUGCACCGCGGACGUGGACGAAUGAGAGUCCGCCCACCCAAACGGAAAGUAGUGAGUUCGACAACCUAAUAGCUUUUAGUAAGCAAGAACAGGUACUGGUAAGUAAUUUACGAAGAUACACUCGGAACUCCUCGCAGCUGUACGCUGUGUAUUUCUCCGAGUCUAAAAAACAAACAAAAUUGAUUCGUAUAAGGAGUAAGUUACCUCCUUACCCGAUGCAAACAUGUACAGUGUUAAAUUUUCGAAGAUUGUGCUACAUUAUCCUCCUUUCAUUUGUUGCACGAUGCUUUUAGCUGCUUCAGGACUCCCCAUCACCCAUCUGUAACAUCAAUGCUUGAAGCUCUACAACUUCUCCCCUACACAUCAUACUAGAAAAAAAAAUUUAAAAAGUUUAAAAAAUGUAAAUAUAUUAUACAACUCAGAAACGAUACUGUAUCUGCUUUAGUCGGAUGAUCGGUGUCUGCUGGUGAAGUCAUCAGCAAUCUCAUUUGAAGAAAACAUUUGUUUUAGUGAUAGCUGAUUCUGUUACGUGCUUUCUUCCCUGUCCCUUUCGUUUUUGGUUUAACUUUUCAUAAAAUGCCAACAUGGAAAAUCUGAAUACAUACGUAUGGAAAUCAA